AUGUCGGAUUCCUUCAUUAGAUCACGGCGACGUGUUGACGACUCCAGCUCCAAAACCCACACAUCUGCCGAUUUUGAUCACGAUACAAAAAAGGAAUCAGCUAGUGUUUCUCCGUCGUUUUUUGGAAACUAUACUUCGCUAAGUAGCACAGUUUUUGGAGCUUCUCCUACCCAACUUUGGAAUUCUGCACAGGAAGUCAUCUCCUCCAUUCCAUCUCCUCUGUAUCAUCCUUCUGAGCAGUCAUUGUUAGAGGACACCGCUGAAAAAACUUUUCCAUCGUUAAGCGUAUUUGGUGACCCAUUGGACUCACUCAGUUUCACAAUGCCGUCAAGAGACAGAACCGCCGAGUUCAGGACGACAUGUAAAUCUCUACAGAUGAAGAUCCACUCAAAUGGAUUCGUUCCACAUUCCAAAAAGGAAAUUCUGAAUAAUUCAGUUCACUUCAACCAGUUGGCAAAAAGGAUUGGAAGAGAUCUGAGCCAAACAUGUGCUAAAAUGGAAAGAUUAGCAGAAAUAGCUAGGAAGAAAAGUCUUUUCGAUGAAAAAAGUGACAUGGAUCACCUCUCCAGAGUUGUCAAAGAGGACAUUACUAGCUUGAACAAACAAAUAGCCGCUUUGCAAGAGUUUUCCAGAGAACGUAAUUCUGGAGUGAAAAAUCAAGGGACGGGUCACUCCCAACUAGUCGUCGUUGGUCUGCAAUCCAAAUUGGCCAGUGUUAGUAAGGAUUUCCAGAGUGUUUUGGAAAUCAGUACAGAGAAUUUAAAACACCAGAACAGCAGGAGGAAGAAGUUUUCGAACGCUGAUCCAUUACCUAUUUCCUUCCCCUCUUCGUCUUCGGGUUCAAACGUCCGUUCUCGAUUGCUUGACGAUGAUAACCAGCACGGUGUUCCCCGCGUUAACAGCGUUUCGUUGGAUAUGGGUGCGAUGGAGCAGAUGCGUGUACAACAACAGGUAGCACUCCAGGAUCAGUCGAAUGCAUAUGCACAGGCGCGCUCUUCCGCAAUGGAGACAAUAGAAGGCUCCAUAUCGGAAUUGGGUCAAAUUUUUGCGCAGUUGGCGAGCUUAGUUAGCGAACAAGGCGAAAUGAUUACGCGAAUCGACUCUAAUGUCGAAGAUACAGCGAUAAAUAUUGAUGCUGCGCACACAGAAUUGGUGAAGUACUUCCAUAAUAUUAGUAAAAACCGUUGGUUGAUGAUCAAAGUUUUUGGUGUGCUCAUGGUCUUCUUUAUAAUCUUCGUACUAUUUCUUACAUAA